ACUAUUGCACAUGCGCGGACUGGUCGCGUAAGGUACCAAUUGUAUCGUAAAAGACAACAGUGCAGUGAACUCUUUAAAUUAUGCGGUAAUUCUUUCAGUUUCAUAUUCGUCGAAGGUGUGACAAACUAGACUUUAUUCUUUCUUGGUGUCAGGAUGAACUUUGAAGCUUCUGAGGCUAACCUAGCCUGCUAGUUAGCUUAGCUUGCUAGCUGCUAAUAAAAAAACACGGAAGUUAUCAAGACAUCGCUAAGCAGACACAAGUUGUUAUAAAGAAAGCUAUAGCACGACGAGGAACAUUCUCGAACAAAAGAGGAGAACAAGCGACAACGUCAACUACUGGACGCUGUUUUCAGAAACAUCAAGUUGUGUUACACAGAACAGACGUCUGUGAAAAACAUCUUCUUCCUGACCAACAGGAGUGGAAUUCCAGGAUGGAGCAGGAGCAACCACGGCCCUUCCAUAUUACAAAGGAAGAGGCAGUGCCACAGCCUCCCCACGUUAAAGAGGAAAUUGAGGAGCUCCAGCCCCUCCACACUAAAGAGGAAGAUGACAUCAGUUUGAAUGGAGAGAGUAUUGAAGGACUGGAGGAGGUUGAUGUCCACAAGAUGCCAUUGAUUUAUGUCAUUGUGAAGAAGGAAGAUGAUGAGGUCAAAAGUGAAAGUGAGGAGAAGAGAGAGGUGAAGUCUCCAAGCAGCAGCUCAACUCAACACAUGACAACAGAAGCUGAUGGAGACCACUGUGGAGGAUCACAAGCAGACAAGCUCAUAGCUCCACUAUCAGAUAGUGAUGACACAACGUCACACUCUCCUGACACUGAUGAUGAAGACUCUGAAGCUGAUACAACAUGUCACACUGACAACACACACUUUGAAUGUUCUCACUGUGGCAAAACCUUUAACCGCCAUUGUAAUCUGAAAAGACACACGAGAACACACACCGGUGAAAAACCUUUUAUCUGUUCACGCUGUGGUAAAAGCUUUACCCAAAAUAAUCAUUUGAAAACACACAUGAGAACACACACUGGAGAAAACCCCUUUUCUUGUUCAAUCUGCUGUAGAGGUUUUGGACAAAAAGAUAAAUUGAAAAGACACAUGAGAACACACACUGGUGAAAAACCUUUUUCAUGUUUAAGCUGCGGUAAAGGUUUUACACAAAACGAUAAGUUGAAAAGACACAUGAGAACACACACCGGCGAAAAACCUUUUUCCUGUUCAAUCUGUAGUAAAGGUUUUACACAAAAUAUUCAUUUGAAAACACACAUGACAACACACACCGGUGAAAAACGUAUUGCAUGUUCAAUUAGUGCUAAAGGUUUUGUACGAAAUAUGAAUGUGAAAAGACUGACAGCACACACUAGGGAAAAAACUAUCUGUUCAAUCUGUGGUAAAGGUUUUGUACGAAAUAUGAAUUUUAAAAUACACAUGAGAUCACACACUGGUGAAAAACCUUUUUCUUGUUCAAGUUGUGGCAAAUGUUUUGUACAAAAUAGGGAUUUGAAAAGACACAUGAGAACACACACUGGUGAAAAACCCUUUUCUUGUUCAAGCUGUGGCAAAUGUUAUAUACAAAGUUGGGAUUUGAAAACGCACAUGAGAACACACACUGGUGAAAAACCUUUUAUCUGUUCAAUCUGUGCGAAAAGUUUUACACGAAAUCAGCACUUGAAAAAACACAUGAGAACGCACACUGGUGAAAAACCUUUUUCCUGUUCAAUCUGUGCUAAAAGUUUUGUACAAAGCUAUACGUUGGAAAGACACAUAAGAACACACACCGGUGAGGAAGUGUGAUGAAAGAUUAUCUCAAAAGUACACACAAGUGAGAAUAUCCGCAACAAUUGAAGCUGCAAGGUUAAAAAAAAAUCUGUCAAAUCUUUAACAUAGACCUAACAUCACUACAUGUAACAUGUGUGACAUCAUUGUUGUGUAACAGUCUUGUUAAUAUGUUUCUACCGUUUUAAGAUCAGAUUUGUUUAGAUAAGUGGUUUAAGUAUGUGCUUUAGUUUACAACAUAGUGUGCAUUUAUUUAAUGUAAGGUAUAGCUCGGUUGGUAGAGAGGCCGUGCCAGCAACUUGAGGGUUGCAGGUUCGUUCCCCGCUUCCGCCAUCCUAAUCACUGCCGUUGUGUCCUUGGGCAAGACACUUUACCCACCUGCUCCCAGUGCCACCCACACUGGUUUAAAUGUAAAAAUUAGAUAUUGGGUUUCGCUUUGUAAAGCGCUUUGAGUCACUAGACAAAAAGCGCUAUAUAAAUAUAAUUUACUUCACUACUACUACUACUUAAAAUGAACCAAUUUCCUUGAUUGAAAAUUUCCGCACUGACUGACGCAUCACCUUAUUUUUACUACCCUUACAUUUACUUUUUUAUUUGUUUCGGAAUUAAAUGGAACAAACCAUAUGUUACACAAAAUUGUAUGUGUAUAUAGAAUACAUAAUCAAAAUUAUGUGUUGUAUUUUCUCAUAAUAGUGUUAUAGGUUUUUAAAUGUAUGAAAUGUGUUGCACAUUUUCAUUUCUAAUUGUAAAUGAUUCCAUAUAUUAACUUUUUUAUAUGAUAUGCAUGUUUUGUUUUUGAGUACACAAAUCUUUUGGUUUAUAUUUGGUUUACUUCUGGACCACAUCUGGAAGCAUUUUAUUAUUUAUUUUAUACAUGAUUUGACCUUUUUCCCACCUUUGCAUUAAUCAAUCAAUCAAUGUUUAUUUAUAUAGCACCACCUUUGCAGCGGCCCAUCAAUGUUUUUAUUCUGUGUGCCCUGUAUGAUGUAUGUUUGAUUUUGAACAGGUUUGUACUUAACAAUUAAUUUUAUUGUUAUUUUUAACUGCAAAGACAAUAAAGUUCCAUUCCAUGUUUGA